GUCCCUAUUUAUAUUAUUGGCUUUAACAAUUGCUCAUAUCCAAAUGGAGAAAGCUAUAAUCCUAACCAUAUCAUUCUUCCUUUUGAUAAUCUAUUGUUUUGGGUUCCCAAUUUCAUCUGUUGACACCCUUAAACCUGGGGAUAGUCUAGAUUCAUCUUCUUUUUUAGUUUCUGCAAACAAUGUUUUCACUUUAGGAUUCUAUAAGCCCAUGAACUUCAUUAACAAUGACAGUUAUUUGGGAAUAUGGUACACAAAUUCUACUUUACAUGUAUGGCUUGGUAGCGGAAUGAAACCUAUUACGGAUGAUUCUGGCAUUCUCUCAAUAAAUAGUGCUGGAAAACUUAUUCUAACAAGCAACAUAUCAGAUCCGAUUGAGGUGUAUGCAAGCGGAAAUGGCGCAAAUAUAACAGCCACUCUGUUGAAUUCGGGGAAUUUUGUAGUGAGAGAGAUGAACAUAAAUGGUUCUCCGGGCAGGAUUCUGUUGGGAAGCUUUGAUUAUCCAACUGAUAUUCUUCUUCCGGGGAUGAAAUUAGGUGUCAAUCAUAGUACUGGAAGAAAUUGGCAUCUUACAUCAUGGUUUGGCAAAGACAAUCCCGCUUCAGGAGCUUUUACGUUGGAAUGGGAUCCAGGCACACGUAUGUUGAUUGUACGACGACGAGGGCUGAUUUAUUGGACCAGUGGCAACUUGAAAGACUAUACUAAUCAGAGCUUGAGAUUGAAUGUCAAGGAAUUUGAGAAUAUACCUAAACCCGAUUUUGAAGAUUUCAAUUACAAUUUCACCAAUGUUUCAAAUGGUGUGGAGGAUUACUUCAGCUACUCCCUUAUAAAGGACCCGACAUUUGUAUGGGAAACUAUUUCUGGAUGGCAGCUGAAAUAUAACGGGGAUAUAAUUGACAUUUUUCAUGGGGCAAUGAUAGCAGAAGUGAGCCUUUGUUAUGGUCACAGCAUUAAAGGAUCUUCUGUUUACAAAGGCUGUGAAUUAUGGGAGCAGCCCAGUUGCAGGAAUCAUAACGAGAUAUUUGUUUUGAAAUCAGGGCAUUUCGCUAAUGGAAAUGGGAAAGAGGCAGCUGCAGAUUUUGAUGAUAAUUAUAGUCUUACUAAGAGUGACUGCAGAGAGAAAUGCUGGCAUGACUGUGAAUGUUUAGGCUUUAAAGGCGGAGAUGGAUAUGGAUGUAUAUACUGGAAAGGGAAAAAUUUGACUUUUGUACAGAGUUAUAAUGGUUCAGAACCUAAACAAUUCGUUCUUGUUCUAGAGGCUUCAACCGAAAAGUCUUCAAACAAGACAGAGCUCCCAACCAAAAUGUCUUCAAACAAGACAGAGCUCCCAACCAAAAGAUGGAAGUCAUGGAAAAUCAUUACUUUGGUUAUUUCGGUAGUUGCACUUUUGUUGGGCUGUGUAUGGUUCAUCAUCCGAAAAAUUGAACAAGGUAAAAGGAAGAAGGAAGAAUUACGUGAACUGAUGACCCUAGAUGAAUAUACUGAAACACAUGCUAUUGAAAGUAAUAGGGGACAGGGUUAUCAUCUUAGAUUGUUUAUGUAUUCCUCUAUCCUUGGAGCUACAGGCAACUUUUCAUCGACAAACAAACUUGGAGAGGGUGGUUUUGGCCCUGUUUAUAAGGGAAAAACCUUCGAAGGGCAAGAAAUUGCAGUAAAGGUACUCUCACGAAGGUCAGUUCAAGGGUUGCUAGAGUUCAAAACUGAACUAAUACUUAUAUCCAAAAUCCAACACGUAAAUCUUGUCAAAUUAUUGGGUUUCUGCAUCCAUGGAGAUGAUAAGAUGAUCAUCUAUGACUACAUGCCUAACAAAAGCUUGGACUUCUUUCUCUUUUGUCCAGCUAAGAGGGAGCUCUUAAUUUGGGAUGCACGUUUCACUAUCAUUGAAGGGAUUGCUCAAGGAUUGCUCUAUCUUCACAAAUACUCGCGAUUACGGAUAAUUCAUAGGGAUUUGAAAGCUAGUAACAUAUUACUUGAUGAGAAAAUGAACCCCAAAAUAUCUGAUUUUGGAAUGGCAAAAAUCUUCAAGCAAAAUGUGAUAGAAGCAAAUACAAAUAAGUGUGCUGGAACAUAUGGUUAUAUGGCUCCUGAGUACGCGAUGCAAGGUAUUUACUCUAUCAAAUCAGAUGUCUAUAGUUUUGGAGUUUUAGUACUUGAGAUUGUGAGUGGUCGAAAAAACAAUAGCUUCCAAAAUGAAGACGGUCCUCUCAAUUUAGUAGAAUAUGCUUGGGAACAUUGGAGUAACGGUGCUGCAAUCGAGGUCGUGGAUCCAAUGCUAAAAAGUUCAUGUAGCCAUAUAGAUCAAUUGAAAAGAUGCAUUCAUGUUGGUCUUUUAUGCUUGGAAAAUCGUGCAACUGACCGCCCCACAAUUGAGGAUGUUAUAUCCAUGUUAAAAAAUGAAAUGAAGCUUUUGCCAAUGCCAAACUGUCCAGCAUUUGUCACUAGAAAUAGUACAGUUUAUGAACUUGAAAAUGGCAGGUCUGAAAAGUUUUCGGCUGAUGGACUCUCGAUGUCUGCAAUCGAUGGAAGAUAGUUAAACUCGAGAGCUACUCUUAUUUGUUACACUGAGUAUUCCAUGAUAUUUCAUGUCAUUAUUAAACUAUGCAGCGUUUGAAAAAUUCUACUUUAGCUAUGCAUUAAAGAUAUUUGUCUCCAAUGUAAUUAUUGGU